UACGACUUCUCGCCUGGGUCCUACCCGCAUGGUGCUUCUCACAGGAGCUCGUCCCUGAUCUAGCAAUGGCUCCUACCCCUCUCACCUCUCUGCUGUCAUUUCCGUCUUCAUCGAGCGCUCCUCUCUUGCCGCCAACGGGCACUCAAGUCCUGGUCACCGAUACCCUCGCCUGUCCGGCUGCUGUCCUCUUAGUUCACUUUGCUCGCUCUGCGCUUCUUGAGUCCACAGCUGCUCCAACGCCAGUGAUAUGGCUGGGCUGCGAUGGUCAGGGUCUACCACACUGGUCCUCGAUAUGUAGGAAAGUGGGUCUCAAUCUGCAAAUGAUGAUGUCAAAGGGCCUGUUUACAUACAUCGAUGCCACAGAGGUGGUGUGUCAAGAAGAUGAGGAAUUCAGUGGGGACAGCCCCUUGAAACGUCUAUACUCAACCCUGAAGCAGCAGCUUGAACGUGUGACUCAGCUAGCGCCGCCUCGAGUAUCUACUGUAGCGAACGGAGCUCACGCGGCAUCGAGCUCGCCUAAGGCAGUCGUCAUCGUGGAUGAUAUCUCCUCCCUCGCUUGGACGCUUCCCUCACUUCCCUCUAUGCACGAAGUAAAUGCUGCUGCCAGAUCCGCUGGUCGCUGGGCGGUCGCUCUUAGAACUCUCUGUUCGAACCAUUCUGCCUCGCUCAUUACACUGCAGCACUCGCGGGCCGACUCCCUCUCCACCCAGCUCUUUGCCCGCUUAUUUCGCUCCUCGUCCCUCUGGAUCGAGGUCAAAGAGCUCUCCUCGGGUCGAGCGCGUGACUGUACCGGCGAGAUUGCCGUGCAUCCUCUGGAGGGCGCUGAGGGUGACGUUCUCACACCGGCCACUGGCAAUGGCAAAGCUGUCCUCUUCCUCAUUGGCAACGACGGCAAGACGCACUUUUGGGCGAGAGGGACGCAAGGGACUGCUUAGCCAUGCAAAGGGAGGAAUUGCCAAGGGCAAUGAAAGAGCGGGCAAGGCGGGCACCCAAGCUCUCGAAGCUACAUCAUACCUGUCACUCGAUUCAUAUGUAAUAUAACAAGGCCUCAAGAUUGUCUAGAUGGAAUACUGAGCUGUUGUACAACUAUCUCCAUAGUCUUUCUCCUUCUGUCGCUUCCUCUCUUGAUGCCCCUGUGUCUGCUCGACAGUUAAC